CGCCGGGAGCGAGCUAAACAAAGACCACCACGCUCUCCAGUCUCCACGCUCCAGCGCUCGCACGGGCACGGCAGGCACGGCAAUGCCGACGCCGCCGCCACCCGCCGCCGCGCGCCUCAUCCCACUAUUCCUCCUCCUCGCCGUCUGGGUCGCCAAUGCUGCGACGCCACCGUCGCAGGCGGACGCGUUGCUCGCGUGGAAGUCGAGCCUGGGUAACCCGGCCGCGCUCUCCACCUGGACGAACGCCACCGCGGUGUGCGUACCUGGUGUAUGAGUACCUGGAGAGGGGCAGCUUGGGGAAGACGUUGUACGGGGAGGAAGGCAAGAAGCUGGACUGGGGCAUGAGGGUGAAGGUUGUCCAAGGUGUUGCCCAUGCCCUGGCCUACCUGCACCAUGACUGCAACCCGGCCAUUGUUCACCGUGACAUCACCGUGAACAACAUCCUGCUUGAGUCGGAAUUCGAACCGCGGCUGUCUGAUUUUGGCACGGCGAAGCUGCUUGGGUCUGCUUCCACAAACUGGACUUCUGUAGCAGGAUCAUAUGGCUACAUGGCUCCAGAAUUGGCAUACACAAUGAGGGUCACGGAGAAAUGCGAUGUCUACAGCUUCGGAGUUGUUGCUCUGGAGGUGAUGAUGGGGAAGCAUCCUGGUGACCUCUUAACCUCCCUUCCGGCUAUCUCCUCUUCAAAAGAAGAUGAUUUACUACUCAAGGACAUACUAGACCAGCGGUUGGAUACUCCAACGGGUGAGCAUGCAGAAGAAAUUGUGGUCAUCGUGAGAAUUGCGCUUGCUUGCACACGAGCAAAUCCUGAAUUGCGGCCUUCCAUACGAUCAGUGGCUCAAGAGAUUUCCGCGCAUACUCAAGCUUGCCUUUCUGAAUCAUUCCGACUAAUCACAGUAAGCAAGCUGACAGACUAUCAAAAGUGAUGUCUACCUGUGCAGAUGGAGGGCAGCUAUUGAUUUUGUACAAUGCAGUUGGCGACGUUAAGUUUCUCUCUGUUUUAAUGGCAAAGACGAACUGGAAAAUCAUACCGGUAUAACUGGUUGAUAGACGAUGAAACUAUUCUGAAGAUCGUCAGAAAUCUGUCUGUAGUCAAACGUAAGAUGGAUAGUAGAAAAGCAACAAAUUGUAAGAGAAGUGCCCUUAAGCCACUUCUUUCUUUUUUUCUUUCUCUCGAUUGGAUGAGAGUUUUCUCUGAAUGGAUAACGGAUAUAUGUGUCACUGCUUGAAUAGUUUCAUGUACAUGUUGCUUCAACAA